AUGUCGGACGACGACAAGGGUAACCCACCCCGCCGGCGAUCCUCCGUCCUCCUCAAUCCAAUCCAACUAUUCUGCCUCCUCGUCGCCGUUCUCCUCGCCGGAACCGGCCUGGUGCCGCUCGAGCACGUCGGAUUCGUCCUCUUCUCCGCAAUCUACAUGUACUUCCUCUCCCGAUUCUCCUUCCCGGCGGGGACCACACCGACGGAAUCCGUCUUCGACCGGAACAACAAGAUCCUGGCGAAUUACGUCCUCACCGGCGGCGUCGUCGGCCUCUUCCUCCCCGUCGCGUACAUCCUCCACGCCCUCCUCCUCCUCCCGGACGGCGGCGAAGAAGCGGUGGGAGCGGCGGCGCCGCAUCUCUUCCUGCUGUCCAGCCAGGUGUUCAUGGAAGGGGUUUCGUUUGCCGGCGGGUUCUCGAUCCCGGUCCGGGCCUUCAUUCCGGUGUUCUACAACUCGAGGAGGAUUUUCAGCAUCUGGGGUUGGAUUCAAUUCGAGUUCGCGAAGGUGGGAGGGUUGGUGAUUGUGGGGAGGGCGCUGGCCGCGGCGAAUUUAGGGUUUUGGGUGUAUAAUCUGUUUGGGUUCUUGUUACCUGUUUAUCUUCCUAGAGCUUUCAGGAAGUAUUACUGCUCCUCCUCUGCUUAG